AUGGGAUAGUCUUAAAGUACAAGUUAACUCAAUCAAUAAUCUAUAGGUUAAAUUCAUAUAGAAGUGGAUAAGACUUAAUUUUAGUCUGGAGAAAAAAUUUCUGGAUAAGUUUUAAUUGACUUAAAUGUUUCUUUAAAGGCAACUUGCCUUGUAGUGAUGCUAUAAGGGAUAGAAGAAACUCUUUUUAGUACACCAAAAUAAUACAAUGAGAAACAUCUUUAUUAAGAGAAUUAAGUUUAAAGGAAGGGAUAUAACAAAUUUCAUGAACUAACGACUGAAGCAUAUCAAUUUUCCUAAGGUAAAGAAGAUAGUAGGAAUAUAAUAGGUUAGUGGAAAUUACCAUUUCAGAUAAGCAUUGCAGAUUAUUUACCAUCUAGUUUUAAUUAUUAAGAUUAGCAAAACUGUAAGUGUUAGAUAAAAUAUAUUCUAACAGCUUAUAUUUUAGAAUCUGAUUCUAAAUAGAGGCUUUUAACCACCUAAGAAAUAGAAAUUUUUCAAAAAAUUAAUUAGGUCGAAAACAUAACAUAUUAAGCCUAAGAGUAUUCAAAUCCGCUAAUUUGUUUUUGCUGCCUUUCUGGUUAGAUAGAAAUGUAGGCUUAAUUAGAUAAAAGAGUUUAUGACCAUUUAGAAGAAAUAAAAUUAAUUUUAAAUUGUGAUGCAUCAAGGAGUUUUAUGAAAGUUUCUCGUUUUAUAGUAAAAUUAUAGGGUAAAUUGACAAUGAGAUCAAACAAAAAUUAAUAAAUAGAAAAAGUAUUUGACAUUUACUCUUAAUUUGUUAGCACUGAAAAAUCUAAAAUUGAAAAUAAGCUAGUCAAACUAAGAAUUCCUAAAUCUGCAAAAAUAGGUGCUCUAGGUCUACUAGUUUAAUACUAAAAUUUAAUAACUAUAUUACCAGUAAUGCCUUCACUUUUUUCAGUGAAAUCAAAUACACCUUUAGAAAUACCUUUUUUUAUUUCAUCAGUUUCUUCAAGGGAGAAAUAAAACACUAGUAAUUAAUCUAAUUUGUAAAUGGUUUAAUUAUAAAAAACCAAUACAUCUAAUAAUAGUAAUAAUUAACUGGAUUAAAUUUAAUAAUAAAAUAUUUAAAUGCCAAUACCUAUGAUGGUUAAUCCUCAAUAAAAUGUUAAUAUUAAUAAUAAUCACUACACUCCUUAAAAUAUUGAAUAUAAAAAAUAACCAAAAAAAGAUAUCAAUUAAAUUUAAUAUUAUAAAUUAGAAGAAUGA